AUGGAUGGCGCAGAAUUUAGGCGAAGGGGAAAAGAGAUGAUAGGUUAUGUCGCAGAUUAUUUAGAAAACAUUCAAGAGAGACGUGUGUUUCCAACUGUUGAGCCAGGGUAUCUGCAUCAACUUAUUCCUGACCAUGCCCCUCAAGAAGGGGAGAAAUGGGAAGACCUCUUUAAGGAUAUAGAGAGGGUCAUUAUGCCAGGGGUGACGCACUGGAACCAUCCACAGUUUCAUGCCUACUUCCCCUCAGCAACCUCCUACCCGGCUAUAUGUGCUGAUAUUCUAUCUGAUGCCAUUGGCUGUCUAGGCUUCACCUGGGCUUCCAGUCCAGCAUGUACUGAGCUAGAGGUGGUGAUGAUGGAUUGGUUGGCCAAACUAUUGAGUCUCCCAGAACAGUUCCUAUCUGGUGGCAAAGGAGGGGGAGUUAUACAGGGUUCAGCAGGAGAAGCCACACUUGUUGCUCUGCUGGCUGCCAGACAUAAAGCUGUACAUGACUACAGACAAACUCAUCCUGGAGUUAAGGAUGAUGAAGACGUUGCAGUUAAACUCGUGGCUUAUUGCUCAGAUAAUGCACAUGUCUCUGCUGAACGAGCUGGUCUUCUAGGGCACGUGAAAAUAGUAAAACUGCCUACUGAUGACAAUAAUAGUUUACGUGGGGACAUACUUCAGGAAGCAAUAAACAAAGACAAGGCAAUGGGACACAUACCAUGUUUUGUAUGUGCAACCUUGGGUACAACAAAUUGCUGUGCAUUUGACAACAUAAAAGAACUUGGGCCUAUAUGUGAGAAAGAAGGGGUCUGGAUGCACAUUGACGCUGCCUAUGCAGGAAGUGCCUUUAUCUGUCCAGAAUAUAGAUACCUACUGGAUGGUGUUGAGCAUGCAAUGUCUUUUGACUUCAACCCUCAUAAAUGGUUGCUGGUAAACUUUGACUGCUCAGCAAUGUGGUUGAAAGACUCAUCAUAUCUAAUUGAUGCAUUUAAUGUUGAUGCUGAAUUUCUUAAGACUGGGAGAAAUGGUAUAAAGAAAACCAUGCCAGACUUCAGACACUGGCAGCUUUCAUUUAGCAGAAGAUUCCGAUCUCUAAAGCUGUGGUUUGUUUUGAGACUGUAUGGCGUGAGAGCACUACAGGAGAAUAUUCGAAAGCAUAUUGCACUUGCCCGUGAGUUUGAAGGCUUGGUGGUAAAAGAUGGAAGGUUUGAGAUUGUUGCUGAGGUCAUUAUGGGACUGGUGUGCUUCAGAAUGAAGGGACCAAAUGAACCGAAUAAGAAGCUUCUAGAACUUAUCAUUAAAGAUGGCAGAAUCCACCUUGUAGCUUCAAAAAUCAGAGCCACCUAUUGCAUCAGAUUUUGUGUAGUUGCAAACCAAACCGAUUCCAAUGAUAUUAAAUACGCAUGGAGUGUCAUAGCUGAACUGGCAACUAGAAUUAUAAAUGAAAACAGACAAUGA